UUUAUUCAUGGGCAGGCUGGUGUACAGUGCGUGCGCAAAGGAUUGUGGGCUCGGCGCGUAUGUUUCCAUCAUGGCGGCGUCAAUCUCGGGAUACACUUUUAGUUCUGUGUGUUAUCACAGUGCCAACAGCAAUUCCGACCAUGAGGGCUUCCUGUUGGGAGAAGUGAGACAGGAGGAGACUUUAAGCAUCAGUGACUCACACAUCGGUAGCUCAGAACUCCUCAAUGUAAUAGAGGUCCAUAAUCAUGAACCUUGUGCACAACUGUUUAGCUUUUAUGACUAUGCAGGUAACGUCAAUGAAGAAAAUCUCAACAGAAUCCUCAAGGACAGAAGAAAAAAUGUUAUCGGCUGGUACCGGUUUAGAAGGAACACUCAGCAGCAGAUGUCAUUCAGGGAGCAGGUGAUACAUAAGCAGUUGACCCAUAUACUUGGCAUCCCAGAUCUGGUCUUCCUCCUCUUCAGCUUCAUCUCCACAGCCAAUAGUUCCACACAUGCUUUGGAGUAUGUGCUCUUCAGGCCCAACAGAAAUAGCUAUAAUCAGAGGAUAUCUCUAAGCAUCCCAAACCUGGGCAACACCAGUCAACAGGAAUAUAAAGUCUCAUCUGUGCCGAACACCUCCAAGAACUACGCCAGUGUCAUUAAAGAACAUGGGACUGAGUUUUUUGAUAAGGAUGGGGUGAUGAAGGACAUUCGAGCUAUUUUUCAAGUAUACAGUGCCCUUCAAGAAAGAGUGCAGGCGGUGUGUUGUGAAGUGGAUCAAAGUGAACGAGUGAGGGAGAAAAUCCAAGAAGAAGUGAACAAACUCAAAGAGGAAAUCGCUCUCAGGAAACGUAACAGCGCUGAGGAAGAGAGAAGACUCCAAGAGGCGGCGGCUGUCACGCUUCCUGAUAACUCUGCCCUCCCUGACUCCCCACACUCUUCACUGACUCGAGUCGUGCUCUCAGGUCCCUCGGUGGAGCCCAGUUUAGAGAGACCCGUGAACUCGUCAUCUCCACCAGUCUACAGCACCACACUGCCUCCAGAUUCACCAAGCGCUAUACUGCUACCGCGGCCCCAAGCCGUAGGUUCGCCCGGACACCCGUCUCCUAGUCUGGGCCUGGGCAACGGAGAUGGUUCGAGCUCGGAUUCCCUGAACCGCCAGGCCAUCGGCCAGGAAGACCCGGAGGAUUGCGACGACGAUGAUGAGGACAGUAGCGAGUACGAAAAUUUAGUUAGCGAGCAAUCGCAAGCACCUUCCUUAACAGAAACUGUUACAUUAGGACGACCGGCUACGCUGUGGCCCGACGGAGACAGCCCGCCAGGCUCAUAGUAGUCAAACAAACCAGCGGGGGUAUUGAUGAAUGAACAGAACUAGGUGUGAUCAUGAGGUCAUGGUGUUCAGAACACAAACAACUUGCCUUUUGUGAGUUAUGACAAUGCUGUCCUGUUGUACACGUUUAACAGCUCUGUGCAGGACAGCGGAAUGGAAUGAUAUCCCCAUCCAUAUGGAUCGACAGGCCCCCUUUUCUCCUCUCUGGUUUCGUUUGGGUGGAGAGGUGCAUCCUGCUUAUGUCGGCGUCUGCCACUCACUGGAGUCAUUCAGUUCUUGCACCAUUUACCUCUUGCACUGUUUUGCCUUCUUUUGAUCUGCAUUUGUAAAAGCAAAGGGAAUGAUGUCUUUUUUUUUGCAGCCUUCAAACACUUCUCUGUGUGAGCUUAUUCCAUCUUCAUUGUUUUGCUUCAUAAAUCUUAAUGGACAGAAAAAAAUCACAGUUAUAAUAAGUGCUUAGGACUACAGCUGACACUUGAACAGUUCUUGUUCUAGAAAAUUUAUUUUAUUUUUGGUUUUAUCAGUUAUAUUUGAUUUGAUUGAGUAAUAUAAUGGCCUAUUCAUUAAAAAAAAAAAAGAUCAUUUUUGGUCAACAAUAUAAAAGUUGCUUUGAUAAGGGGUGCUUGUAUUUUCUAUGACAUACUGUAGAUCACUACUACAUUGGCUUAAAUCAAACACAUUUUUGUCCUAAUGAAUGAAUCGAAUAUUAUAUUUCUUUCUGCUGCACUUCAGACUUUCACCAUUGAGCUUUAACUGAAUUUUCCGGCCGUACGGUUUGACGGAGCCAUCAGAAACUGGAAGGGUCAGAAUGCAGCAUCAUCGAUCUCAGGAUUCUUUUGCAGUACCAGGACUGUUGUUUUCUCGCAUCGUCUUGUCCACAUGCUUUUGUUCUUUAGUUGAGAAGCCAGGAUUGCUCAAAGCAAUGCAGCGGUGGAUCAGUUUAGAGCUCUGUUAUAACGUGAAAUAAAGAUUUCAGCCAUAUGCAGCAGAUCUUUAAAGGUAGAA